GACCGUGGGAUUGACGCUCCAGGCUCCAGUCAAAAUGUACCUUUACUUCCUGAUUGUAACUAUCGCCCAUUGCACUUCACCGAGCAGCAGCAUGUCGUCCGGGGAGUGGAAGCAGCGGUGCGAGGAUGAGUGGGGUCUGGGGGGCGCGCCGAUGCCCGACAGCGUGGACUGGAGAUCUGUGUAUGAAGCCAAACCUUUCAACAGAAACUUACUGAAAAAUCCAUCUCCCUAUGGGUUAACCAAGGAUGUCCCACCACCUGAACCUGAUUUGCCUGAACAACCUGACCACGGUCCUCCACGCUUUAUACCUGAAGGUGACUUUAGCGGCUGGACCACCAGCUCAGAGGUCCUCCCUUAUGAUUCAAGUGGCAUCCCAGCAGGAGCUGUGAUCUGUCAUCUUCCUCAGGCCAGCUGGUUUACAAUGGAGCAAAUGGUGGACUUGAAAGCUGAAGGACUGUGGGAGGAGCUGCUUGAUGAAUUUCAGCCUGAAAUCAUGAUCCAAGAUUGGUAUGAGGAGAGCCAGUUGCAUAAGUUUAUUUACCAGCUCCAUGUGAAGUUACUGGGAGCAGACAAAACUACAGUGAUUGAUGAGCACACAGUGAACCCCGAGGAAGACCUUAGCAUUUAUUCACAUAACUGGAAAGAGGUGUCUCAUGUGUUUUCUGGUUAUGGACCUGGUGUCAGAUAUGUCCAAUUUUUGCACCGUUUGAAGAACCAUUUUCUCAAUGGAUUUUGGAACACGGUGGUCACGGGGAGCUCAGUGACGAUCAUCCCAAAAAAAUGAGCUGCUACAUGCCACAGAUGGUUUAGUUUGAUUAGUAUGCUGCACUUUGUAAAGCCAAAUGUAUUUUAAAAAUUCAUCAUUAAGAAAAUACAAGUUGCAUUAAAAUUGUGUCAUGUUCGAUGUU